CUGUGUGACGAGCCUCUAUCAGCUCAAGAUGUUUGAAAACUUUUAGGCGCGAAGCAGGACAGAGACAUGGACUGGUUAUUCUGGGAUGGACGAGGAGCAGAGACGUUUAAACCUGAAGCACACAGUCGGCCAGACAGGCCACUACUGAGCAGAAGAAGCUGAGCCAUGCUGGAUCCAAGCCCUCCCUCUCCGAGAGCAGCGGCCGACUCCCUCAGAUAGCCAUGAACACCUGCAAGUACAAUGGCGGAGUGGUGAGACCACUAGUGGGCAGCCUGGCGUCCUCGUCACGCCGCAACCUCGCGGAGCUUGACUCGGAGACGCAGCCCUUGCAGACGCUGCACAGCUCUGGCCUGGAGGUGGUGGUGUCCAAGGGCAACGGCGGCGAAGACCCCAGCAAGGCGUCCAACGAGAGCUUGGUCAGGGAGGGCAGCGGGCGCGGCGGAGGCAGGGCGCCGCAGAAAAAGAACAGGGACAUUGGCUACAAGCUCGGCCACCGGAGGGCGCUGUUCGAGAAGCGGAAGCGACUCAGCGACUACGCACUCAUCUUUGGGAUGUUUGGGAUUGUUGUCAUGGUGACGGAGACGGAGCUGUCAUGGGGGGUUUACACUAAGGAAUCUUCAUACUCAUUUGCACUGAAAUGCCUUAUCAGCCUUUCCACUGUUAUAUUGCUUGGUCUUAUAAUAAUGUACCAUGCCCGGGAAAUCCAGCUGUUUAUGGUCGACAAUGGUGCGGACGAUUGGAGGAUAGCCAUGACGUAUGAGCGGAUCUUCUUCAUCGUGCUGGAGCUGCUGGUGUGUGCCAUCCAUCCCAUCCCGGGCCAGUACGUCUUCACCUGGACGGCGCGGCUGGCCUUUACCUACACGCCGUCGGUGGCCGAUGCCGACGUGGACAUCAUCCUCUCCAUCCCCAUGUUCCUGAGACUCUACCUGAUAGGCAGGGUCAUGUUACUCCACAGCAAGCUGUUCACGGACGCUUCGUCUCGCAGCAUCGGCGCCCUCAACAAGAUCAACUUCAACACACGCUUUGUCAUGAAGACCCUCAUGACCAUCUGUCCGGGAACUGUUCUGCUGGUGUUCAGUAUAUCCUCCUGGAUCAUUGCUGCAUGGACUGUGCGCGUCUGUGAGAGGUAUCAUGACAAACAGGAAGUGACCAGUAACUUCCUGGGAGCCAUGUGGCUCAUCUCGAUUACCUUCCUCUCCAUCGGCUACGGGGACAUGGUACCACACACGUACUGUGGGAAAGGCGUGUGUCUGCUUACAGGGAUUAUGGGAGCUGGUUGCACUGCACUGGUGGUAGCAGUGGUAGCCAGGAAGCUGGAGCUGACCAAGGCUGAGAAACAUGUCCACAACUUCAUGAUGGACACACAGCUCUGCAAACGAGUAAAGAACACAGCUGCCAAUGUACUCAGGGAAACAUGGCUCAUCUACAAACACACUAAGUUGGUCAAGAAGAUAGAUCACGCCAAGGUGCGGAAACACCAGCGCAAGUUUCUCCAAGCCAUUCACCAACUGCGCAGUGUGAAGAUGGAGCAGAGGAAACUCAAUGAUCAGGCCAACACCUUGGUGGACCUGGCGAAGACCCAGAAUGUGAUGUAUGACCUGGUGUCAGAGCUGCAGGAGCGCAGUGAGGAGCUGGACAAGCGCAUCGGCACAUUGGAGGACAAGCUGGACUCGGUGACGGGCAGCCUGCAGGCGCUGCCCUGCCUCAUCUCCCAAGCCAUAACCCAGCAGCAGCAGGACUUCCUGGACGGCUUUGUUCACCGCUUUCGGCCCGCCUCACUAGCUUCAGAGCGCUCUGAACGCUCCGAGCGAUCCUGGACUUCCACCGCCCGUAGGCGGCGCUCUCCCUCCACAGCACCACACACCUCCUCCGAUAGCGGAUAACCUUGAGAAACCCUCUGCAAUCACCUUCGAGCCCCUCCUCUCCCAACUGGUCCCCUCAUUCUGUCCCAUCCAAAGUCGUCCCUGUAACCGCUGGCGAGUCCAGGUCUGGACUAAUAAUGAACCCAUAUCUUGACCCCUGACCUGAUCCUUGCCCUUAUUCUCUCCCUCCCGUCCACUCCCCCCUCCCUCCCCACUCAACAUCAAAUCCAAAAACCAAUUCCUCUGUGACUGAGCCUCUCAGCACAGGACUGGAUCAGAGCUACUCCAAAAGAACAAAGAAAAGCAAACAAAGACCAGAAAAAACACAAAUGCAUCCAAAAAAAGAAAAAGAGAAAAAAAAAUUUAAAAUGACUGAAAAACCGAGAUAAAGUAGAGAUAUGGUUUAUGUUUUAGCCAUUGUAUGGCUGUUCAAGUUAGCUUUUUUGUAAAAGCCCUUGUAUAGUUAAAAAAAUGACUGAGUUCAGGGUCGCUGGGGUGAGAGCUGGCUAUCACACCGGAGAGUCCUUAACCACGAGGGGGGAAGUUGGUCUGUGGAGCCGAGGGCCUCGGCUCACCUGCUGGCCCUCUGAGGCCAUGGAGGACAUCCGUCCACCCAUCCGUCUGUCUAUCUGUUUGUCCGGUGAGGAGAGCGAGACAAACCAUUGGAUUUCCCUUUCAAAAGACUAGUGUCAUGGAUUCUUUCCCAUAGGUGAGGCUGAAAGCCUUAGACGAGGCUGCGAAAGCGCUGACUUCAGGUCAGUGUCUGAAGAUGCACUUAAGGGGGAGGGGAAACUGUCACACAAAAGAAGAGCAAAGGGGAUGCAUAUGGCAUUACUACUGGGUAGGAAAAAUUUACACAGUUGCCAACUUCAAGGUUUCAGCUUCCUUGUUCUUACCAAGGGAAAAAUGAGAGCGACUAUCUUUUUUAGUUACAUAUUGACAUGUGAUUUUUCAGUGCCUGAAUGUAUAAAUAGUAGAGGGUUAUUUAAUUACUAAUUUCAGAGCUUUUUUACAAUGUUAACAGUCUGAAUACAGCAUUGCAUUCCUUUUUCAGAUACAUUCCUCUCCAAAAAUUUAAAGAAAUGUCUUAAUGUAAUGCAUAACAUUGCCUCCAUUACACAGCAACUCUAAAUGUUUUUGAAAAACCUUUUUUUUUCUUUUCUAUUUCUACUAACACCGUGAGAAGUGAAAAAGCUCAGAGAGUAAGCGAAAGUGAGACAGACUGAGAGAAUAUUUGUAAGUGUGUUUGUCAGAGAACGAGUUCACUUUUAGCUCAAUGCUGCACACUCAUACACACAACAAUGAAAUAUGUAGUAGUCUACCUUUCUCACCAACACUAAUUAGAGCUUCCUGUGGUCUUCAGAUAAUGGCAUGGCUUCAGGUCUGCUGGUAUAUACGGCCACACAGGCACACAUCACUGGUCGAACUGAGAAACCAACCCUGCCCCCUUUGCAUGGUUCUGUGCAACAAUGAUAAUGAAACACAAUCUUCCUCGGAUGGCUUGAUGAUUUUACAUGAUUUUGAUUUUCUAACUUUUUGUUUGGUUGUUGCCUUUUCUUUCUUUUAUUUUUUACUUAGAACAUUUUUACUAGGAUACCUAGAGUUUUUAGAGUUGCCGAACCUAGAGAGUUGCAGUAAUGUGAUUCUGUAAUGCAUUCCCUGUUUAAAAAUAUGAGGUGAAGAGAAAUUAAGAAAGAAUACUGAAAGGAUACAAAUAAAAGUGCUGAAGAAACUUUGAUGGAUGGGUUCCUCUGCAAAUUUGAAAGAAUAGUUUUGGGAAAUAAGAUUAUAUUUUUUCUAGCAGAGUUUCAGAUGAGAAGACUGAUUCCACUCUCAUUUGUUAGAGUGCUAACAAUCUUCUUAUCCAACUGAGUAAGAGAGCGAAUAAGCCAAAAUUUCUAACUGUUGCUUUAGCGUUACAGCGUCAGGCUUCUGUUUUAUCUUUUCUAAGACGUUCACUAUGAUAGGAGGAGGAGUUAGAACAUUUUGAAUCUCAACGGCAUGGUGUAUGAUGCAUCCUAAAGUUGUGAUGACUUGUACAUUUUUUGAUUUGAAGAAAAAGUUAUUUUUUGUUUCCAAAGUCCAUCUAAAAGGCAGACAAGGAAGUCAGUGGGUUAGUGGGCUAGCAUGCUGUCCUACAGUAGUUUGAAUGAUAGAUAAUCUGAGUCCCAAAAGGAUGUUAGUGCUAAAAAAUCAUCUUUACAGCCCCCUAAGCUAACAGACAAAUAGGAAUAUUAUUAUUUGUGCAUCUUAAUUAUUCCGAAGCUGCUUUGGGUUGAAUCUGGGUGAAGUCUAAAUCCUGUGAGACACUGAGCUCUCCCACAGGCUCUGGACUGGCCAGAGAGCACAUUUAAGAACAUGUUCAGUUUGCUACGAGUGGAACUUAAUCAAGCAUGAAUAUUAGCUUUUUCCUUUCAACUUGAGUUGAUGAAGCAUGACUCUUUACUGCCCCCACCUCUCGCCACUUCCCGUACAGUGCUACACUCCACCCUUCCAGUGCGAAGGGAUCUAUCACGCCAUUACAGUCUCUGUUUCAAUCAGUGUCGUCCACAGCGUCAGGACGGCUAAUGGAAGACUAUCUGCUUGAUUGCCACCUUACCUGCCUUUUCAUAUCUAAGGUUUCCACCUCUUCAUUACAGCGAGGGUUUAGCCUGGCGUUUGUCAUCUGUCAUCAUUAAGAACAUCAGUCCUCCAACACACAAAGAGGCUUCCCAAACGGCCCGCAGCGAGUGGUUUGAAUGAAGAAGAAAUACAAAGAAAGGAAGGAGCGAGGGAACCCCCGGGUCAUGUUCCAUGUUGCACUCAGUGUGUAAUAUUCAGUCAUAGAUGCGUCAUAGAUGUGGAGUGUUUUCCCCAGAGAGAUGUGAGGGAGCUGGUGUUAAGGACUUCAUCCUUUAUCAGGCGACAGGAAAGAGGGAGAGAGUAGAUUAGGGGGGAAAAAGAAGAAGAUGAGAGCAAUAGUUCAUUUGUGAAGAGCAAGAGUGGGUGUCCUGUAAAUAUGACCUCAUUGUAGAUGUCGCCAAGUAAACGGGACGAAUGGUGAACCGCAGGGGUGAAGGUAGCUGGGUGCAGUGCAGCAUCUUGCAGGUAUGCAGUAGAAAAACAUUUAGAAAGGAUACAAUUCUGUCAAAUUAAGGAUAACAUUUAAUUAAUUUCGUUUUUUGUUUUUUUUACUGCUGAUGGAGGUAUAAUCAGGUUCUGUUUUUACCCUGUUGUAAACAGUUUGUUUUCCUCUUUAUCCUGUCACCAACAAAGUCCUGCCAAAACACCAUUCCAAUAUUUAAUAGUGACCCAAUUUUCUCCGCCAGAAAAUAAAAAAAGUAUUUUGUAGUUGAAGUGAGGGACAUUCAUGAUGUUAUUCUGAUGAUGGUAGAUGAGUCAAAGUGAUAAACGCAUCCCAGAGUCUUUUAUUAUCCUGAAAAAGUAGGCUUUUCCUCAUAGAGCAGGAAUCAGAACACACUUCUACUGAACAAUACCAGAGUGAAAAAAUCCCCAAAAGUGAAGAAAUGUAACCCAAUCAUUGUUCUGUGUACACUGCCACAUGAUGCAUAAUGUACGUAGUAGCACUGGAAUAAAUCAACUUUUAAUGGAUGGCAAAUGGGUUUAACAUGUUCUCUGUAUACUGUUCGCUGUUCCUUCAUUUUGCAGGUGAACUUUUGUCCUAGCAAGGAGAGACACCAAGGUCAAACCAUUAAAGACUAUCUUCAGCUAUGA